GACAAGGGCUAAGUUGUUGCCCUUAUCACUCACACAACUAAAUAAAUUCAUUCUACGAGUAAGUUCGCAAAGAAUACGAUGACUCCUAACUUCUUUCUCCAACAGUUCUCCCUGUCUUUGUGUUCAUAACCUCAAUUUGUAUUGCUGAAGUGUUUUGACGGUUUUACCACAACAAAGACUCUCUUCACACAUCAAAACCUAGUCAUUUUUGGAUAAUCCUGGUGUCUCUUGACAGCAGUUGUCAAUGAAUUUUACUCUUCAUAGUCCCCAUUUUAUGUUUCCAAUUCAAGAUUCACGAUGACAGGGUCUGCCACAGAGUCAGUGCCCGCUGAGAAAGCCUCAACCAAUCCCCUAGAGCAAUUCAUCCUCCUGGCAAAGACAGCUAAAGGGGCAGCAGCCCUGGAGUUGAUAAAACAGGCAGUUGAGACCCCAGGGGUCAACGUAUUCGGAGAACUCCUGGACAUGCCAAAUAUCAAAGAACUCGAGGACGGUCCCUACGCCGAGUACUGGAAUACCCUGAACCUUUUCGCUUACGGUACGUACAAGGAAUACCUCGCCAACAAAGACAAACUCCUGGAAUUGACUCCAACGCAGAAGAAGAAGCUCCAGCACCUGACCAUUGUCACUCUAGCUGAGAAAUCCAAAUGCAUCCCCUACUCAGUCCUUCUGCAGGAGCUGGACAUCAAGAAUGUGAGGGAUCUGGAGGACUUGAUUAUCGAGGCUGUCUAUGCAGACAUCAUUCAUGGAAAAUUGGACCAGAAGAAUUCUCAACUGGAGGUCGAUUAUGCGGGAUUAGGGAGGGACGUGAGACCUGGAGAGACCGGGGCUGUUGUCGACACCCUGGCUGCCUGGGGGGAGACCUGUGAUGCUGUCCUGGCGUGCAUCAAGAAGCAGGUGAUAGAGGCCAACACAGCUAAGCACAAUGCCACGCAGCAUAAGGAGAAAGUCCAACAGAAUAUUGCCGUGAUGAAGAAGUCGAUUCUAUCACAAGUUCAAGAAGCUGAUAUUGCCGGGGGUAGCUCAGCUGGGGGCAGUGAGUCAAGCAGAGAGGCACUCUCAAUUCCCCAAGACUCCAAGAAAAAACAACAAAAGGGAAAAGGGCUGAGGGGUAGUGGAACUGUCAAUGCUCAAAAUGGUAGCAUGAAGUGAUAGCCCCCGAUAAUUGGAUACAUCGAAUACAUUGAAUCUUGAAAAAAUGGUAAAAUAAUUGGAUGAAAGGAGUACAUGUAUAUGGAAUUCUACAAUCAAUAAAAUUCAUGAUAUUUUUUAGUUUAUUUA